AUGUUUUUGGCAUACAUCCUGUUGGCUCUUGUCAUUACAGCUGCAGCAGCUCCGAAUACAGGGCGAGAGACUUCAAAUGAAAAAAGACAAGGGCCACCCAAAUUGGUAUGUGUGAAAGAACCUUUUCAGGGAUUCAGUUCACAAAACAGCAUUACCCCAACAAAAGACCCGGGAAAUAAUGCUAUCACAGUACCUAAGAUCAAACAAAUUGAUUGUGCAUUAGUUUGCUGUGGUUCUCUUCGAUUUGUUUCUUUUCUGUUGGAAAAUUUGAAAACCUACAGCGAUUUCUUCGGGUCCUGGUAA